AUGUCAGAGUUGAAAGCUGCAUUGAAAAAGGCUAAGGAGGGAAAAGCACCGGGCACGGAUGGGGCGGGCGUAUCAGACAACCACCUACAGGACAAGGCGACGCGUGAGUUCAUCUACGACUUCAUCCAGAAGAACGGAGGCAUAGAUGCGGUGACGAAGGACGUUCGUCCGCCCCCAGUGCCCGCGCGGUCUGCUGCCGCCUCCCGCCAAGCGCCUCCUCCGCCACCGCCGCCUUCCCGCACCGCCCCUCCGCCUGCGCACACUCCACCGCCUCCGCCGCCACCUCCGCUCCGCACGCUGCCACAGCGGCCGCAAGAACCACACACUCAGUCAGCAGCAGCAGCAUCAUCAUCAUCAUCAUCAUCAUGGACACCUCCUCCGCCUCCACCGCCAAUGACGUCGCCGAUAAUAGUGCCCCCGCCCCCUCCGCCGCCUCCGCCAAUGAUGAGCCUCCCCUCCGAUGACACGCCCCCCUCCUCAUAUACCCCCACUCCAUCCUCAUCAGCGGCCUCCCCCCCUCUCGCCGUCGAUCCCCGUUCUGCACUCAUGGACGCCAUCAAGUCUGGCAAAAAGCUUAAGCAUGUGGAAGUGGAAGCUGAUAAUAGGUCCGUGAAGUCGAUGGAUUCGAGAGGUGAACUGCUAGAUCAAAUUCGCCAAGGAAUUGAAUUGAAACCGGUGCAGGUAGAAAGCCGAUCGAGCGGCAGUAGCGCGCCUGAAGACGGCUUAGCCGGGGCGCUGGCUCGAGCGUUGGCCGAGCGAUCGCGAGCCAUUCACUCGGACUCGAGUGACGAGGACGAUGAGGAAGAGGAGGAUGACGAAUGGGAGGACUAGCAUUGGGCAGAGGGCAAAUCACGCCCUCGAUAAUAGUGCGGCGUUGAUUUGACUCUUUUAAUAACCAAAUCUAAUAGACUAAUCCAACUGUCAAGUUGUAAGUAUCGCUCUGACUAUUCAAACGACUGUCAUAUGUGCAGAUACCUAUUAGUGUAUCAAGUAGGUACCUAUCAAGUACAUAUUAUUAGCGCUCUCUUUAGCACAAAACCAAUACCAUUGGCAUGGUAUUGGUUAUGGGAAAGUCAACACAUCAGACUAAAUAAAGUCAAAAUACCAUAACCGAUGCAAAAAAUAAUUCAACUGGUUCUUAUGGGAGUGUCCUUACAUUGGCAGAGUGAAAUUUAGUGAACAUCGAUUAAUAGCCAACAUCAUUAUUCCCAGCAAAUCAGAAAUUAAUCUGCCUUAUACUAGACGUUCAUAUUUGCACUAAGCAUGCUCUUAAUACAUUUUCACUUACAUUGUACGAAUCUCCUGUAUUGCAGUACUGCUAAGUUUUCAUGAAUUUUCAAGAUCGAUUCUACUACAUUAUCGGACACUUUCAGUAUUGAAUAUACUUCGUAAUACACUUUUAAUAUUGAAAAUACUUUGUAAUCUAUAAUAUUAUAAAGGAAGGAAUUGGCUUGAUUAUGUACGGGAUAAGAAUUGCAUGAUUAACGCAUUAUCACUUAUUAACUAAUGAACUAACUUAAAAUUAACAUGCAAUUUUACAUAAAGGUUCUGAAUUCACCUAUGAUAGAUAUAGGCUUGUUUCAAUCGCUGUUAAUCAAUUUAUUUCAAUUAUUUAAUAAUUGAAACAUUUUUUUUCAAUAAUUUGUGAUUCAAAGUCUACGCAACAAAAAUUUAAACCAAACAAAGCUUCCUCCAAGUGAAUCCGUAGCAUUGGUAUAUAAUUGGUAGCAUAAUAAUAGUAGCACGAGAGACUUGCGAAUGAAAGGUUGCAGGCUAGACCAAUCAAACUCAUUAUUCCUUGCUAAGAAUUUUUGACUGUGAUGAAGAGUUGUAAUAUUGACAAAAUAAUGAAUAGUUAUCCUAUUUUUACGUUUAAACAUAAGGAGAUUACAUUUUCCAACACAAAAUUUUCUUCAGAACAAAGCCCGGGUUACCUGCUAUUUUAAAAUGAAAAAAAUAAAAUAAUAGGGACAGAAUAGUUAAUUUAGAAGGAUGUAACGGGAAUCAGACGGGCUACCGUUUAACUUUACCAAUGCUCUAACCGGCAAUUCUCCUUCCAGUUCUAUUUCAGCCUUCAAUAUCAGGGCACCGAGCUUCGCUCGUCAUUUUUAUUUAUUGUUAAACAGAGCACAAUUCUUUAAAAUGAUCGUGUUUAUAUUUUACAGCUGGCUAUACUCAGCUUAUGAAUUUCUGGGAUGAGAUGUUUUGAUUUUCCACGGACGCACUUUUUUAUUAUCCACAGACGACGAAAGUCUUAGCUGUUUUUGCAAGGAUGAAUUAUCCUUUUAAUGUCGUUCAGCGAGUUUUCCCAGGGAUUAGACCUAGUGCAAUCGAAUUUUUAUAUCAUAAACCAACUAUGUUCCAAAUUUCGUGAAAAUCUUUAGAGCCGUUUUCGAGAUCCGUUGGACAUAAAUAACCAAAUAUAAAAGUAUAUACAGAUAUACAGAAAUUGCUUGCUUAAUAUAAUAGGAUUGAUUGAUAGGUAAAAGUCUUAAACAUACCAAUUGAUAGGUUUUCCAUUUUGCCCUUUUCUAUUUAGAACUAUUGGAUUUAUUUUGACAGUUGUCGUUUGUAUAGUCAAAGCCUAGAAAAAUAACAAAGGCCUUGAAUUAGUUGUAAGUUAACAAUAGUUGAAUUAGUUUAAUUAUCUGAAUUAUAGACUGCAAAUUACAGAAUAAUCACGAAAAAUGGUUGUCGGUUAGACUGGGUAUGUAUAUAUAUACAUACCGGUUAGACUAUGUAUAUAUAUACAUACACAUAAUAAUUUUGGCCAUUAUAGUUAUUUAAUACAUUUUAAGUAAGAUGUUCUUCUUACUUGAGGUUCGUUUCCGUUUAUGCGACUGCGGCCGAUGACUGAGAAAUAAUACUAUCAAAUCCUAUGAGAGUGUUCAAAGAUUUUCAUUGAGACAAUGUAUGUUGCGCGAACACACCCAUAACGAUUUUGGGAUUCCUGGGAAUUGCACUCCUUAGCGAUGACUGUAGCCGCGUGGCUGCGACCAUGCGGCUGGAGUUGUCGCUAAGGAAUUGCACCUUAAGAACUAAUGUGAUCUUUCUCGGUUGUAGGACGCAGUCGCAGAAAUGAAAGCGAACGUUAACUUACUUUCGGUGUCUUCGUCAUGAUUUAAGGAUCGGGGAAUCGUCAACAUUAUAUUUUCCCUUAACAGGGCUUUUGAAGUGCUUUCAAUAGGUAAAUCAUGAAAUCACAUCUUACAUAUUAAUAUUCAUGUUCAUAAAUAAAUAUUGUGAACUACAUAAAAAAUCAAAAUAACUAAAAAUUGCAUAGGACUAAUGCAGAAAACUUUCCUACUUGAACAAACUUUGUCAAAUAAAAUAUGUUCAACUUUACAUGAGUAAAGAAAGUUCAAUAUUAUUGAACGUUAUUGAAAGUUAUUAUAAUUGAACGAAAAUCCCAAUAAUUGCUAUUAAAUUAUCAGAGUUUAUAAAAUACUCUGAAAAAUUUCCCAGUUUCUAGGGCGCUUAUUAAAUCUAAUGGAUAAUUUAAUCUAUGUUGAAUCUAUAGGUUUAAUGAUCCAUUAGAUUUAAUAAAUCUCCUAUAAACCGUUAUCUACUAUUAUCCCUACUCUUAUAAUUUUUAAUUUACCUUUUCACUUCAACUUACAAAGUUGUUUGUAAUUAAAUCUGUCCCAAGCCAAUGUAAUGUAAUGUUUGUUAGAAGCCAUUUAGGAUUCUAAACCCAAAUUUCCAUCAUAUGAAUAACAUUUUUUCAAUCUUGAUUCGAGCUGUUACCAGAGCUCUAGCACUAAUAUUGUACCGUGCUUGAUUAAUUCGAGAUGAUGCAGAAACUAUUAUUGUAAUAUAGAUAGGUAAAUAAUCUUGUCAAUCUUAUUUAUGUAAAUGCUGUUAUCUAAUAACAAAAUGUAUUAAAAUUAUAAUAUAAUAGAUUUUUAUAUCUGCAAA